UUCACUUCACUUCAGUGUCAUUUGUGGAUUCAUAUCACUGCAACUGGAUCUGAAAAUAGUAACAUUGAAGGUUCAUGGAGUUUUACUGAGGUGGUUUUAUUUGGGCUAAUAUCAGUGUGAAAUGGAUGAAGGCAGAGUUAGGAGGAGGAAGGAAUCCCAGAAUGGUUCUACUGGUCACAAUGUAGACUCUCAGUCUGAAGACCGGCAGCCUGAGAAAGUCAUUGCACUCCAGAAGGAUGUUGGUCUUGUGAGUGGCAUCUGUCUGAUUGUGGGGACUAUGAUCGGCUCAGGCAUCUUCAUUUCCCCCAAAUCUGUGCUGCUGUAUUCUGGAGCUAUAGGACCCUGUCUCCUCGUGUGGGCUGCCUGUGGGGUCUUAUCCACUCUUGGCGCGCUGUGUUAUGCUGAACUUGGCACCAUGAUCACCAAGUCUGGAGCAGAGUAUGUUUACUUAAUGGAGGCUUUUGGCUCAGUCGUAGCUUACCUGUACUCCUGGACCACACUCAUUGUUUUGAAGCCCUCCUCUUUUGCCAUCAUCACCCUCAGCUUUGCAGAAUAUGCCUCCACUCCCUUUUACCCAGGAUGCGCUCCUCCUGUUGUCGUUACCAAGUGUCUGUCGGCAGCAGCUAUUUUUUCCAUUGUCAUUGUCAACUGUUUUAGUGUCAAACUGGCAAGUUAUGUGCAGAACAUCUUCACUGCAGCCAAACUUUUAAUCAUUAUCAUUAUAGUGGUGGCUGGCAUUGUUCUCUUGGCACAAGGAAAAACAGAGAACUUUUCAAAUGCCUUUGAGAGCACAUCAGUAUCUGUUGGAGCCAUCGGACUUGCAUUUUAUAAUGGACUCUGGGCUUAUGAUGGAUGGAAUCAGCUGAAUUUCAUAACAGAGGAGCUGAAAAACCCAUCCAGGAACCUGCCACUGGCUAUUAUCAUUGGCAUCCCUUUGGUAUCUGUUUGUUACGUCCUGGUCAACAUGGCGUACUUCACUGUCAUGACCACUACUGAACUGCUGUUGUCUCCGGCUGUUGCUGUGACUUUUGGAGACAGAGUCCUUUACCCUCUGUCUUGGAUCGUCCCAGUCUUUGUUGUCUUCUCCACAUUUGGGUCGGCCAAUGGGAGCUGUUUUACUGCCGGAAGACUGGCCUAUGUAUCGGGAAGAGAAGGCCACAUGGUGAAAAUCUUAUCCUACAUCAGUCUGAAACGCUUCACGCCAUUACCUGCUCUAUUAUUUAAUGGCAUUUUGUCCAUUAUCUACAUCAUCCCAGCUGACAUUAAUACCCUCAUUAACUACUUCAGUUUUGCUCAGUGGCUGUUUUAUGGAAUGACAGCCCUGUCUCUCAUAGUUUUACGCUUCACGAGGAAGGAACUCCACAGACCAGUGAAGGUGCCGAUUGUCAUAGCAGUACUAAUGGUCCUGGUGUCCUUAUACUUGGUCCUGGCUCCCAUCAUUGAUAAGCCACAGCUCGAGUAUCUCUACUGUUCUAUCUUCAUCUUCAGUGGACUCUUCUUCUAUUACCCCUUUGUUCACCGUAAGGUCACCUGGGGACGCCGUCUCAUGAGGCCUAUCACCAUGCAUCUCCAACUGCUGAUGGAAGUAGUUCCACCUGAGAUAACUGAAUGAAAAGGGACUGAAUGAUGGUCACAUCAACUUCUUCUUCUCAUUUGCCCUGUCCAGAAACUUGUCGGUUGGUUUGCAAAUUAUGGCUGGAAACUUUUUCAUAGAGUGCAUGAGAGUACCAGUUUCACAUAAAGGAAACCUGACUUCAUGUUUGCCAUUUUACAUUACUGGUUUAUUAAAAUGUAUUAUAUGGUAUAGUUAAUUUUCAGUGUAUGAUCAGAGAUAGAAUGUUACGUAACCCACAUUAUGGGAAAUGUUACACAACACAUUGCACAGAAAACUCGUAGAGUUCAUAAAGUGAAUAACAAACAAUGUUCACACAGUCUUUUUCUUUUUGACGCAGUUAUGUUAAACAUUUUCAUGUAAUGAAUGUGCAAUAGAGUUUCAUUCCAAAGAUCAUUUGCUUUGUAGCUGCUACAGGAUUUGCCUUGUGUAAAGGGAAAAAGUAAACAUUUUGUUUGUAUUAACGAAAGAAGCUCAUGAAAGCUCAGUAGAGUUCGUAAAGAAGAUUUAUGCUGAAAUGUUUACUUUAUUUCUCCUGAGGGUGUAACAACUAAUCAGAAUUACUUACAUGAUGUUUGCACAUUAAGCUUUAUUUUCUCUUUCGUUUUGUAAUAUACUGUAACAACGCUACAUAGUAUUAUGAAGUGAUCAUUGCAGGUUUUAAUCUUGUUGAGCACUAAGCGGGCAGGAAAUAAUUUCCAGUGACAGUAAUCAUGGACUGCUGUUCCAAAUGUUGUCCACCAGAUGUCAGUAAAACACUGUUCUUUACACAUGUAGUUGCUGUUCUGUCAUUUUCAUAUUUUCUGAGACAUUUGUAAGAUUU